CUGUCAAGGAGGAUUUGGUGGAUGUCCGUGCAUACAUUGCUCGUUCCCUCAUUGAUGGCUUCGAAGGACCCCCAGGGUACAGCCAGAGGUUCGGGCUGUACCAUGUCAACUUUAGUGACAGCAGCAGGCCGAGAACUGCCAGGAGAUCUGCCCACUUCUUCACUGGCAUCAUUGAAAAGAAUGGUUUCCCUGCCAAGGAGCUGAGAAGAACCCCAGUGCCUAUGAAAGCAGACUUUUCCUCCAGAGCCACAACCUUCUACAACUUCCCAUCUGAGGUGCCCUCCCAGGCUAAAAUCGUGUGGGAGAAGUUCUCCAACCAGCCCAAGUUUGAGAGAGACUUGUUCUAUCAUGGCACAUUCAGAGAUGACUUCCUGUGGGGCGUGUCCUCCUCGGCCUAUCAAAUCGAAGGAGGUUGGGAUGCUGACGGGAAAGGACCCAGCAUCUGGGACAACUUCACCCACAGUCCAGGGAGCACCGUGAAAGACAAUGCCACCGCAGACAUAGCUUGUGACAGCUAUAAGAAACUGGAUGAAGACCUGAACAUUCUUCGCGCCUUGAAGGUCAAGGCCUAUAGGUUCUCUAUCUCCUGGCCUCGGAUUUUCCCAACUGGAACUAUCAGUUCCCUCAACGAGCAAGGUGUCUAUUAUUACAACAGGCUGAUUGACGGCUUGCUGCAGAGCAACAUCUUUCCCAUGGUGACACUGUAUCACUGGGACCUGCCCCAGGCCCUCCAGGAUAUUGGAGGUUGGGAGAACUCUUCUUUGAUUGAUUUGUUCAACAGCUAUGCUGACUUCUGUUUUAAGACCUUUGGUGACAGAGUCAAGUUCUGGAUGACCUUUAAUGAGCCCCUGUAUGUGUCACAGUUAGGCUAUGGUUCAGGGGUGUUUCCCCCAAAUGUGCAGGACCCCGGCUGGGCACCUUACAGGGUCAGCCACACACUCAUCAAGGCUCAUGCUAGAGUCUACCAUACUUAUGAUGAGAAAUACAGGCAGGAGCAGAAGGGGGUCAUCUCACUGAACCUCAACACUCACUGGGUGGAACCCAAAGACCCAGGGGUCCUAAGAGAUGUGGAAGCUGCCGACCGGAUGCUGCAGUUUUCCCUGGGCUGGUUUGCCCACCCCAUUUUUAGAAACGGGGACUAUCCAGAUGUCAUGAAAUGGAAUGUGGGGAACAGGAGUGAACUGCAGCACCUGGCGGGCUCCCGCCUGCCCAGCUUC